UCAUAAGACAAGCUCUCACAGUAGUAGGAUCGGCGAAUUUGCUCCCGUUAACGGUCAAUUCCGGUCCGCGUAUUUUUACGUGGACUUAACGGCAUUGCGUCACGUUGAUGAAUUUGAAGAGAUGCUACCGAGAGGCGCAUCCGUUCGCUCAUGAUAAACAAAUCUGCGCCAGUCGCUUGAAUUUGCGCGAACGUUGCUAAGGAGUUAACGGUAACGGGGGUUUAAAGAGGCGAUCUAUUAAAGAAAUCACUGAAGUGGAUCAGCGCGCGCGCGCGCGCGUGUGUGUGUGUGUAUGUAUGUAUAUACACACACGGUUAUACUCAGGUGGGCCAAACGUUUUGCGCGUGGCGUCGGUGAUAUAACCCCGGUUCGCGCGGCUCGGGAUGAUCGGUGAGGCUCAUGAACUCGCUCUUCCGUUCGAUAUCCGCACCAUCCCGGGGUGUGACAGAUAGACACGGGUCCUCCGCCGCCGCUGCGCCCAUGGCGGGUCCCGCAUUCACCGGAGCGCACGGGACCUGGAUCACAUCUCGGUUACGGGAGGACGCGUCAUCUUCCUCUUCGUUAUCAUCGUCGUCGUCCGCAGAGAAACCGCGCAAACGGAGAGCCUUUAACCUGGUCAAACUGCGGCAGCCCACCGCCCCCGGUAACAACAACACUCCGUUUGUGAUCUCCGGUCAUAUCAAGCACAUCUGCAGUAACUGCAGCCGCGGGAAUGACAUUCGUGACGCAGAGGGUGCCGAGCGUCUGGCGGCGAUGCGCUCCGAUUCGCUGGUUCCCGGGACGCACACGCCACCGAUCCGCAGACGCAGCAAACUGGCCAGUCUGGGACGACUCUUCAAACCGUGGAAAUGGAGAAAGAAAAAGAGCGACAAGUUCAAGCAGACGUCUGCAGUGCUGGAGAGGAAGAUGUCGACGCGUCAGAGCAGAGAAGAGCUCAUCAAGAGAGGCGUGCUGAAGGAAGUGUAUGAGAAAGAGGAGGUCAGCGUCGAUGGCGGCCGUGUGUGUGUGAGUGAUCUGGACAGACAGACGGUCAUCAGUCCAGUGUCAGAGUCUGCAGACACCACAGCGACAGUGUCGUUCUCAGAGGUCCAGUCGUCUGGAGAGACUGUGGCGUGUCUCUCGGAUCUCGUCCCAAAGCCAUCUCAAGGCCCGCCCUGUGUGAAGCCUGUGCCGUUGCCUAGCGACAGCGCUGACAUCACUCACGUGAGGCCGUCGUCGCUGAAGCAGCCUCCUGCCUUACCGCCGAAGCCAUACAGCCGAAUCCCCAACCAUCUGACAGAGACACUGGCCAGACUCUCGCCGCCUCUGCCUCCAAAGAAAGUGAUGAUAUGUGAGCCGGUGCCCUCGUUUCCCCUCAAAUGCCUGCCGUCCCAGGGCUCGCACACACACACACACACGCUCACACACACACACCCGCAGCACUACGCCACACUGCCGCUGUCACUGCACCCGCCCAGCCGCAUCAUAGAGGAGCUCAACAAAACACUCGCGCUCACCAUGCAGAGACUCGAGAGCUCUGUACUGCAGGCGGUGCCAUCUGUCCUGAUGGAGACGGAAGAGGAGAAGGAGAACAGAGAUUCAAUGCACCAAACUCCCGCCAACACACACACACUCAUCACACACACCUUCAGCACACACGAGGAAGAGGACGAGGAAGAGGAGGAUGACGACGACUCGCUGUUUACAAGUACACUUGCUUUAAGGAUCUUACGGAAAGAUUCGCUGGCGAUCAAACUGAGCAAUCGCCCAUCGAAGAGAGAACUGGAGGAUAAAAACAUCCUACCCAUGAUGUCCGACCAGGAGCGGCUGGAGUCCAGACAGCAGAUCGGCACCAAACUCACCCGUCGUCUGAGCCAGAGACCGUCAGCAGAAGAGCUGGAGCAGAGGAACAUCCUCAAACCGCGGAACGAGCAGGAGGAGCUGGAGGAGAAGCGUGAGCUGAAGAAACGGCUCUCCAGGAAGUUGAGUCAGAGGCCCACCGUAGAGGAGCUCAGAGAGGCCAAGAUUCUCAUCCGCUUCAGCGAUUAUGUGGAAGUGGCAGAAGCUCAGGAUUACGACCGGCGCGCGGACAAACCCUGGACCAGACUCACUGCUGCAGAUAAGGCUGCCAUACGCAAAGAGCUCAACGAGUUCAAAAGCACAGAGAUGGAGGUGCACGAGUCCAGUCGACAUCUAACCAGGUUUCAUCGGCCGUAGAGCCGCUUCGGUCUCUCUCUUCUCUGUCUCUGGUUUGGAGCCGUUCAUCUCUAAUGGACCCUGAACAGACUCUCUGCUGCUGGUUUUGAUCAGGAAUCACUCGCAGCAGAUCUGAGCUGAUCCUGCUGGACUCUCAGCGGCGCGUCGGCGGCCCGGCGGAUACCAGCGAGCUGACGAUCUGUCUGUGUGCGGAUGUUUCUGUAUAUUUUGACAAAAACUGAUCUAUUACGUGCUCUUCGCCAUGAAUUUCUCUUUUUUUGUUGUUUUUUUUCCAGGCGAUGGUUUUUAAUGCAGCAGACGAUGUAGUUGAUUUUCUACUUGUAACUGAUAAACUAUACCAGUCCUUUUAGUUUUCAAAAACGGAGAACACAAAGGAAACGACUUUUCUAAUGAGCGCAAACCACAUUAUUACACGCUAAAUUUAACGGUCUUACAAGAAAUAGUUGAGACAAAAAGGAAAAUUAGCUGAAAAUUUCCUCACCCUCAGGCUAUACAAGAUGUAGAUGAGUUUGUUUCUUCAUCAGGUUUGGAGAAAUGUAGCAUUGCAUCAGUGUCUCAGCAAUGGAUGCUCUGCAGUGAAUGGGUGCCGUCAGAAUGAGAGUCCAAACAGCUGAUAAAAACACCACAAUACUCCACACCACUCCAGUCCUUGAGAAGACAAAAGCUGAAAUCCAGCAUGAAGAUGUUAUAACUUCAAACCGUUGCUUUUGGCCAAAAUAUGAGUCCAUAUAACAAUGACUUUUUCAAUGGACGAAGCAUUAUUAUGGAUUAUGGACUCAUAUUUUAGCAGGAAGCAAGGGUUUGAGUUAAAAACGUCUUAAUGCUGGAUUUGUUUCAUUUGUUUCAACUGAUGGACUGGAGUGCUGUGGAUUAUUGUGGUGUUUUUAUCAGCUGUUUGGACUCUCAUUCUGACGGCACCCAUUCACUGCAGAGCAUCCAUUGCUGAGACACUGAUGCAAUGCUAAAUUUCUCCAAAUCUGAUGAAGAAACAAACUCAAGUGAGGGUGGUGUCAUUUUCAGCCAAUUAUUCAGUUUUGGAUAAACUAUUCCUUUACUUCCACAUUUCCUGUUUAUUUUUAACUUAUAUGCAUCUGCUAGACACUUUUAUCCAUUGCUAUUAAAUAUUUAUUUUUUAUCAGUUCAUUCAUCCCCUGGGAGUCAAACCCAUGAUGUUGGCUGCUGUUUGUGCUAUUUAUAAGUCAUAAAACCCAAGAACAUCUUUAACCAAUAACAAAAAAGCAACGUUUGCCACGCCCACACUACUGACCAAUCACAGGAGGCGAUGCUGCGGUUGAGUGACAGGACAGAGCAAUAACGUGUUCAGAGUGACUGAUUGUUCAUGAGUCCUGUUGAGUGUUUUCAAACCGGGUUUUUGUUCCUCCUUCGUCUCAUUUUGCACUCAUUGGUGCUCAGCCGUCAUGUGAUUGAGUGUUGGGCGGCCCUUUAAACUCCGCCCACUUUACAGGGCGUCGCGUUGCCAAAAUAAAACCAAAACAGUGAAGGGAAUCACAAUAAUCAGUGUUACAUUCGUUUUCUUUUUGUAUUUUAUUCACAGUGAUCAUACAGAAAUAGUAACAGUAACAUUUACAUUAAGGUCUCAUUUGUUAACAUUAAUGUAUAAACUUACGAGUAAUAUUUGUUACAACAUUUAAUCUUAGCUAAUAUUAAUACACUUGUUCAUGUUAUUUAUUCAAUUUGUGUUGUAAGUGUACUACAAGGAAUUAUUUUAUAAUUUCAUUAUUAUUAUUACAUGAACUAUUGUUCUUUAAUUGAGGAAAAAGGAAUUAUUUUAAUUAUAUUAACUAAUGUUAAUGAACAACUUUUAAUUUAAAUAUGUCUAUUAAAUGUUGAAAUUAACAUUGUAAUUGUAUUACAAAGAAUUAUUUUAUUUUAUUCUUAUUACAUGAACAACUGUUGUUGUUUUAAGGAGCAGGAAAUUGCUUAUUUUAUUGUAAUAAUAAUACUAAUAUUAACAAAAUAAAAAAUACAACUUUUAAUUUCAAUAAAGUUUUUAUUUGCUAACAUUACAUUAACAUUAAUACAGUUAUUAAAAUAGAAAAAAAUAACCUGUUUACUAGUAAAUAUUGAAAUCAACAAACUGAGACUAAUGCUGUAGAAUUGUUAGUUCAUGUUAACGAAGUUAUCUAUAAUAUGGUUCCAUUUGCCAACUUUAGUUAAUUCUACUGCAUUUAUUACUAAUAAAUUACUUUUUUACUAGUACAUUAUGACUAAUAAAUUAGUCUUUGUUGAUUUCAAAAUUUACUAGUAAAAAUAUUUAAUAUUUACAUUUCUUUUAAUAACUAUUAAUGUUAACAAAUUAAUGUUAACAAAUAAAAUCUUUUCAUAUUAGAAAUGUAUUAGAAAAUGUUGAAAUUAACAAGAAAUGACAAUAUUAUUCAAAUUGAACAAAAAAUAUACUCCUCAUUCCUCAAUUUAAAAAUUAAAAUUUUAUUUAGUAGUAUUAAUAGUAAUAAUAAAUUAGAAAAUAAUUCCUUGAAAUGCAAUUACAAUGUAAAUUUUAACAUUUACUAAUCUAUCUUUAAAAUGAAGUUGUAUUUGUUAACAUUACUUAAUGCACUGCGAACUCAUCAUGAUCAACUGUAUUUUUAUUAAACACUGACAAAGAUUAUUACCGGUAAAUGCUGUACAAAUCCUCACUGUUAGUUCAUAAAUAAAGAAAUGAGACCUUUUUGUAAAGUGUUACCACUGUAACAAUGUGUGCUGAGAUGUUUUUAUGUUAAUAUAUUAUUUAUAAAUAUUUUUAACUGACUUUGAUACUGAACACAUUGGCAGGGCAUUAAAGGAAAAGUUCACCAAAAAAUUAUAUAUAUAUAUAUAUAUAUAUAUAUAUAUAUAUAUUUCUGACUUUAUCACCCUCAUUUGUUCCAAACCUACGUUAUUUUUUUCUAUGAGGCUUAUUAAAGGGAUUUUUAAGCACUUUUCCUGAUCUUACGAAUCAUAUGAAUUCGUACAGGUUUGGAACAACGUGAGGGUGUAAAAAUGACUGUAUGUUUGGCCGAUCUCUCUCACACACACACACAAACAGAAGAGCAGACGUCGUCAUGUUUUGAAUGAUUGAUGUGUUUCUGUUUCCAGUCGUUAGCGUUUCUCUCUUCCGCUGCUGCUAUUGGCUCAGAGAGCGCAGGAAGAGAGCGGGAGGCAUGUCAUGUACCGUACUGUCACUCCUGAAUGAUGUAUGCAGAUUCUCAUGUAAACCAACCUAAUAAAAGAGCGACCACACACACA